CUCAAUAAUGGCCUGGAGGGUCCAAAACUGGAGGAGGUGAUAGCCUGAGGUGUGUUGAGAUGAAUGCUGAUGAAAAUUUGAUGGUGCAGGGCUUGGGGAAGGCCUGGGAGGACCAAAUGGUGAGGGGCAGAACAGCCAGCAGGACUGCACCUGGGCUGCACUGCACAACCAGAAGGCUGGAGGGUCACAAAAUGGAGGAAAUGGCUCUUGGGAGUGUGCUGAGAUGAAUUCUGAUGGUUUUGGGAUGCCAGGAGGCAUGGGGAACAAUAUAGGUGUUGACCAGAAGUU